CCAAAAUACCACUUUCAAACCGACUCAUGUACUACCUCCCUAGCCUCUUCCACAACUUCAACGUCUUCCACAUUUUAUCGCUACCAAAAGGGUCUACAGUUUGUUCAACUCUCUAUUCUGCGCCGCUCUUGCCUUUAUAUCCAUUAAUCUUGCCUCUCUCUCUCAUCAUGCUUACCUCUCAGGACAACUACUGCAUCUCUUUCUGCAUCCAAAUCAUAUUUGGCCAGAAACGCAUCUCAUUCCUACUAACCAUCUCACAGUUACUCAACUUUAGCAACAUCCAUCAUGGCCCCGAACGUUUGGACUGACACCGCCGAGAAGGACUUGAUCUGGACCUUCAUCAAGGUCUCCAAUGGCGGCAAGAUCCCUAAGGCUGACUGGAACACCAUUCACCAAGAGAUGACCGAUAUGGGCUACAAUUUCACCAUCAACGCUCUCAACCAGCGCUGGUCCAAGACUAUCGUCAAGAACUAUGGCAAGCGCGCCAACGGCGUCGGCGCCGGCAACGCUGCUACCCCGGACUUGGCCAGUGCUCCAUCCACCCCUUCCGCUUCCCGCAAGCGUGCUGCCCCCGGUUCUGGUGCUCGUGUCCCGGGAGCUCGCGGCCGCCGAGGCAACCAGGCCGCUCAUGACAUGGCUUCUGGCGCCACUGGUGUCGACAACGGCCAGGACGAUGACGAGUUCGAGCCCGAGGAUGUCAAGCCCAAAACGAAGCGCACCAAGAUUUCCAACCAUGGCGCGGCCGCUGGUCUCAACGGUCAGCAAAUCGACCUCACCAACGAUGCCGAGAACGUCCAGGCCUCUCAGCGCCUCGAGGGUGUCUCUAUUAUGGAUGGAGUCAAGGUCGAGGGCGAGGAUGGAUUUUUUGGCCGUGGCCGCGAUCGCAGCAUGACUGCCGCUCCUGACGGACACUUCGCCACGGACUUCAACGUAUUCGACAACAACGCAGGCCCCUCUCAGCAUCGUGCGCUUGACGGUUCCAUCUAG